CGCGAUGACGUCACGAUGAUCGUAGGAUCAAAGGAAUUCAGAAGUGUACGAGAGGACGAGCUGCCUUACUAUCUCAUUUACACCGAAACGCUGCUAAAGAAUAGAAAUAACGAGAGUUUACUGCAAGAAAUGGAGAACUCUGAGAAAAUUUUGGCAGAUCUAGAAGAAAUGUCAGAAGAUGUGGGUGUUCUAGGCUUGCGGAUCACAUCCCUGAUUGAGUGCCUGACAAAAUAUCAGGUGUUAAACAGAGAAAAGCGGAGCAUGCCCUUUAAGGUUCCCGCUAAAGCUUUGAUUGCAGAGUUGGUUUUGGAAAUUAUACAAAUGUUGACACAUAAAUGGCUGAUUGCCAGAAUUAACAAUAAGGACAGAACCUUUGAACAGCUUCGGACCCGUCUAUCUAAAAUGCUCACUAGGAUUUUUUCUAAUUUUAUGAAUGGCAAGAAGCUAAGCGCAUCGCAACAAGUCAGUGUGUCAAACCUUGUACGUCUGAUUCAUAAAGAAACUAGAAACGUCCUACUGCGUGUACAUCCGGACAAGAUGAAGGACUCUAAGCCAUAUUUAAUUUGUGCUCUGGUUCGGCCUGAUGUAUUAAAUGAGAUGAUUUUCCAUGUCUCUACUGUGUUAGAGGGGGCAUCGGAAUUAACAUGCAGGCUGUGCAGACCAGACAGUCCCAGGAUACACCCAUUCAUCUACCUGAAAAAGGCUUUCCAUGUGAAGAGAACUCAAGCUAUUGGGGAAAAACUAUGCUUGGGGUUGGGAUACAUCACAGAAACUCUUUUAAGAGAUGUGCCAGACCUCCGGUACAAGCGGCUACACCUGGACUGUUCUCAGAAGAUUAAAGCUGUUGCUGAAGACAUCUCUCAGCUAACUGCUGAACAGGUUCAGAGUCUGAAAGACUCUGUUGCUGCAGGACAAAGUCCAGAACACCUCCCAGAGUGGCCCACAGUGACUGUGGAAGGCAUUGAGGUCAAGACAAGAAACCUCUUUUCAAAGCUGUUUGCCAGAACAUUAAUAUAUCGCAUCCUGGCUCAGCUGAAGAAAAGCCAUCCUGGCUAUAAAGCCAAAUGCAGUAAGUCAAUCCAGUCACUCGUGGAUGAGAUUGAUACUCUGAUCUUCAUGAAGAAGGGUGAAGAAGAUAUUCUUAUUGUGACCAAAAAAUUUGGCUACCAUCGAUGCCAUGAAUUUAAUCAAGUUGAAAUGCAACUUAGUGAUGUCUUCUAUAAACACAUGACAGGUAGAAAAAAGCCACUGAACGUCCCUAAGUCACUUGCUGCCCUAUAUGGUGACAUAGAGAACAAAAUGCACUUUUUCCUGACAUUGAUUGUCUGGUGGAUGGACAGUCAGGCCAGCAACCACAGUAAAGAGCUUACAUGUGAUAUAAUGCAAGCUGUGGAAAGAGCAUCCUUAUUCACAGGUGAGCUGUCAGAAUCUGAGGACCCUGGAGAUGAUGAGUCGUCACAAUGGCAGGACCCUGUAUAUGAAAUAGUCAAUGAGCCGUCAGAAUGCGAGGCCCUUGUAGAUGGUGAGCCGUCACAAUGUGAGGACCCUGUAUAUGAAAUAGUCAAUGAGCCGUCAGAAUGCGAGGCCCUUGUAGAUGGUGAGCCGUCACAAUGUGAGGACCCUGUAUAUACAAUAGUCAAUGAGCUGUCAGAAUGUGAGCACACUGCACAUUUAGCCACAGGUGAGACAUCAGAAUGCAAGAACAUGUGUGCUGAACCUGUGGAGGACAUCACAGUGCAGGUGGACCAAAAGAAAGCAGCUGUCAGGAUUCUUGUGGAGAAUCUUCUUAGACGGACAGCCAGAAAGGUAAAAAGGGACGAUUUCAGAUUCCGAGAAGAUCUCAUUGAAAACCUGCUGGAACAAAUAUGGGUGGAAGUCAAGGCCAUCGAUUUUUCUAUGAGCAAAAGAACUUUAAACAUCCUCUCCAAAAAAAUUUACAAGGACAUAUAUAAGACACAGGGCAGUCCAACAGCUGUACUGGUUGCCAUGUUGACAAGGAACACAGAAAUUAAAAAAGCCAUAGUCUCUUCUAUCAGAAAGCACAUGACAGCAGCAAAGCCUUGCACCAUCUCCACGUUCUUCUCCUCUGUGGGUAGAGCCAUCUCCAGAUGCUUUACCUUCAAAAAAAGAUAACACUGGUGUCAUAGUAUGCCAAUCCCAGAUGGCACUGGGAAGAUAUAUCUGCAUGUUCUCCCUGUGUCUACGUGGGUUCUCUCCGGGUACUCCGGCUUCAUCCCAUUGUGAGAAAAGCACAUCCAAAUGCUUUAGCUACAGAAAAAGAUGACACUGGGAAGAUAUUAUUUUGGUGUACAAACAUCACCAAAGGGCAGCACAGCAGUGCGGUGGUUAGCGCUGUCGCCUCACAGCAAGAAGGUUCCCGGUUUGAACCUUUCUGUGUGGAGUCUGCAUGCAUGGGUUCUCUCCGGCUUCCU